AUGAGCGAAGUGGCUGUUAUUGCUAGCAGAGGUAGGGUUCGCAGCCAGGACCUGUGGUUACCCCGGUUUCCCCGCGGUGCCACAGGGACUACUAAAGAUGUAGCAGAAGAAUCUGUAUCAGAUGAUGACAAAAGGAGGAACUAUGGUGGUGUGUAUGUUGGCUUGCCAUCGGAUGCGGCUGCUAUGGUUUCCAGUCAGACAAAAGCUGCACCGAAAGAUUAGAAGGAAAUAAACACAUCGAGAUGCAAAGAGCUGGAGUCUUCUACUAAGACCAGUUGCCAGUGCUUUAGAGAGCUGUCUUUGUGCUGGAGAUUUUUAUAUUUACGUAGCCUUCUGGGGAGCAAGAGAGAUCAGAGCACCAAAAAAUCUAAACUGUUGCAAGUUCCAACUACGGGUAAAGCUUAAAGUACAGCCUUGAAUCAGUUUCCUACGAUGGUUGCAUUAUGGAAACCUCCUGCUGUUCUCCAGUGAAAAAUGAAAUGAAUGAACUCAUGGUGGAUGUUUCUGCACAAGAGCUAACUUUGAUGAUCUGCAACUUAUUUCUGUGUGGCCAUAUUGCAGAUUUCAUCAGCUAUCAGCUACGCUUCGUAUAUUUUCUCCAACAAUUUUUGAUAGAUUUUAUAUAGAAAACCAUUACUACUGUCCACUUAAUAGUUCCUAUGGUAGGUUCUUAUAAAUUAAUUGUUAAUUUACUUCAGAGUAAUAUAUUUGACAGGUUUGCAUCUUUUUGGUAAUAUUGCGAAUUUUAAUAUUUUUGCUGUGAAAACUUAGGAUGAAAUAAGCAUAAGACCAUCAGGUUCUUUAUAAUUACUACUGUCACUUUUAUACAGUGAGAAAAAUAAUAGUGUUUAAUUUUCACCUUUUAAGAAGAUACUGCUCAAGGAAAUUUAUUUAAAUAAGAACAAUGUACUUCAUCAUAAUAAUUACAUGUCUGUUUUUAUUUUCUUCGGGUUUAUUUCUUUUAUAAAGCAUUACAUGGAAAAAAUACUAAUGAACCAAACUAUUAUGUUCUGUCUUCCAUUCUGUGUAAUAUUAUAAAGACAUUUCCUUGUGUAAUGAUGAAGUGGUAGUAUUUUCAGAGAUGGCAGGACUAAACUCCAGUGCUGUAUCCUCCUGAACUAUAGAGGAUUUUUGAUCACUAUUAGAGUUUUUUAUCCCUGAGUCAUCUCUAAGCAUCUCCAGUAUGGCAAAUUGUAACAGAAUGAGUGUUAUUACUUUAACAAAUUGUUGUAUUAAAUAACGUAGGAGCGGUUUUAAAAUUCAUCAAGUUUAUAGCAACUGUAGGUUUCCCACAGAACGUCAACCAGAUUGUACAUUUCCAUAUGGCUGAACAAGUAUUUAAAUUAUUAAAGCCUUUUGCAUAAUUCUUUAGUCAAUUUUUUUUUAAUAGAACACAAUAUGCCAUACAUUUUAAACAAAAAAAACCCUCAACCCACAUCAUAUUAAUGUAUUACUGUAGAAUAAUGACCACUUUUAAAAUUAAAAGAAAAAAAGCGACAGAGAAAACUUGGACAUGAAGUGAAACAUUGUGAACGAUGAAAUUCCUGCCCAUUUCACAGAUAUCUAUUAAGACCAAUGAACAACCAUUGACUAUGAUUUCCAGUAACUUGCAGCUCUGGCUUUAAAAUAAGUGGUAGUUUAUUUGGUGUAAAGUCUGUAAAAAAGUAUUUUAAAAUAUUCCUUUUGUGUCCUCUUUUAAAGUAUUUGUGACAUUAUUUACUGCUAUUCUCUAGAAAUCUGCUACUUGAGUUAUCAACAAUUUCAGGCUUCCAGCUCCUGAAGACAAAUAUGCAUCUUUUUCUUGACCCCUUCAACCUUCAGCUGAGAUGAAAUAAGCUUGAAGAUUAAGAGGUGGUGUUGAAAUAUCUCAGUAUGAAUGAAUGUCUGUAGAUUACAUCUGCAGAGUCUUGUCCUUGCAAGUCAAGCUGAUAAGAACUCAAAUAGCACUGUCUAAUAAGCAUGCGGGUUUGCUUCCCACCUGCUUAUCAUAGCAUAAGGGUGUAGUUUCCACAUCACAUAUUCCACAAAUGGUCUAAAUGGUUUGCACAGCACAAGUUGCUUUAGUACGAAGCAAUUAGGCCCAUGCCUGACCUGAACAUGAUUGUCUCUCCCAAAGCAGAAAAACCACCAGUCAUCUUACGGCUUGAAAAGCCAACAACAGGUGACAGUAAUCUCUCCAGCUUUUUGUACACUUCUAUCCUUUAAGUUGCUGGGAAGGAUCAUCAAGAAGGUGGACAGGGCUAAAUUCAAACAUUACUUCUGCUACUGCCAUCCAAACCCCCAUGUGUGGGCUGAGGAAAGAAAGAGGUGAUCGUUAAUGAAUAGCUCUUAGCAGUUGGUGGUGGGACAGUUGCAAAGAGUGUUUUUCUUGUUUUACAUCAUUGCUUAAUUUUUCCUGUGCAGACCUGCAGAGAAGUGUGGAGCACCUUGCAGAAUUGGCCUCUUAAUGAUUCAUCCUCUGAAUGUGUGGGAGGUAUGGUGGUUUCUUAAUAUAUUUGUUCCUCUGCAUCUUUUCACCUCAAAAGCUUACUGAUCAACUGACAAAUGUUUCACGAUCAUGGACUGGAGCCUCUGCAAGAGAUAUACAUUCAUUUAUGCCAUGUGGGCCUGUACCUGUCAAACUGAAGAGAUAGGGACAUGCCCUUGUCUUAGAUUUGCAGACUUGUCUUUUGUUUUCCAAGGACCCACAGAUCUAGAAACUGGUGACAGGACACUGUAUUCUGUCUUGGCUAAAUUCCACUUAGGGAACUGAUUUUCUGCUCAUCAAAAUUCCUCUAUGGUGAACAGCAUUUCUUAAGCCUUUGUUAAUAAAAGCACAUGACAUUUCAUGGCAAGAUGAGUAUAUCUGCUAUUUCAAAACUUACAAUCUAUGCAUUUUUCUGUUAGGAGGAGGAACACAAAAGAAACCCUAUAUGCCAGCUGCCAGCUGUGCAUUUGAUGGCAUCCUUGGAGGAUAUUUAGGCACUCAAGUGAUGGUUCAAUGUGAGACUUGAGAACAGAACACAAGUAGCCAUUGAAUGGCAGAGUUAUUAUUAAGCAAUACACUUUGGUUUUGUCAAAACAUCUUGAAUUACAUUUACAAAGAAGACUCAUUUAAAUGUUGGGGCUGUAACACCAUUUUCUCUGCACUUGUCACUCAGUUCUCCAGCCAGAGUUGAGGAGCCAGUGAAAACAGUUUUGCAAAGACAGUAGAUUCAGGCUCUCUGAUUUGAGAUUCUUUGACAGCCCAGAAAUACUGUGCUUGAAUUCAUGUAAGACAAUUGAAUCUUGACAAA